AUGCCACACACCAAAAACACCCGUUUCAGUGUUGCUGAUUUUAUGAAGAAGAGAAAGGAAGCAAGGCAAAAGGCAGUGGAGGAAUGUAGAGUGUUAAAAGCAGAGCUGUAUAGAAAUAAGAGGAAAAUUGACAGACUAGAAACAAAGGUUAGCGGAAAUUAGUAAGAUUAAACUUACAGUACUGUCAUAAGUGACACUGUGAACAUACAUGUGGUUAUUGAUAAACAAUUUCUAAUUUGUCAUUUCCUGCAGAUGAGAAAUAUUAAACCUGACACUUUUUUAAUGUAUUGAUUGAGUUUUUCUUCUUUUAUCAAAGGUCAGUGAUUCAAGGAUAGCAUUGGCAGAUAUAACUAACGGCACUCCAAAUAAUCAGGUGAGUAGCAACCCCCAAAAUAUUUUUUCAGCAACCAUUUUUUUAAGGGUGAUGGAUAAUAUUCAUUACCCCCUUUAUCUUUGAGGUGCUGAAAAAAUAAUAAAUAAUAAUUUUUUGCCUUUGCAGUUACAAUUGGGGAACACUGAUACCAGUGCACGAACAAGACCCCCAACUAUUUUGGUGGAUGGGAAAUCAAAUAUGCCACCAAGAACAGCUGCGAAAAGACGACAUGAAACACUGACACAUGCUUCUGCAAUCCAUGGCGGAUCUAAAAAUAACCCAGGUCCAGCCUUUGAUGGGAUGUUUGACACACUAGCUAAACGAUGUAAAGUAGAUAAAAUGAAAGAUUAUGUUCUGGGUCAGAAAACAUUAAAAGAGAAAGUAGCCUCAGCUAUGUUUAAAAAAAACGUGAAAGCUUUUGAAAGCUCUGCAGAAAAUGCAAAAAGAAGCAUUGCAGUUUUCUAUAGUAGUGGUGUAAUGGGAAAGCGAAAAUAUAAAUCUGUUCGAAUUUCAUUAUCAAUGAAGUCAAAUGAAACUACAAAGGGAAGAUCAGCUAUAAGUGUUAUGCCAAAGUGCCCAAUUCCAAAAUUAUUGCCAUAUGACAAGCUUGUGAAAGAAAUAAACGAAAUUGAGAUUGGAAAUGUGUACAGGUUCGAUGAAGAGUUUCCAGGGGCAAUCGGAGAUGAACUUACUCAAGGUUGUUUUCGAAAGUUAGUUGAGUACUUGCCACGCCUGGCAAAAUUCUACCUCAGAAAAGAUAGAAAGGAAGCCCUUCUGUGGUUUGGCAAAACUGAAGGCACUUUUUUAAUUGCUGUGGGUGGGGAUGGUUGCCCAUUCGGAAAGAAUGAGUCAGCUUGUUCUUUUUUGUUAAGUUUCAUGAAUGUAGGUAAACGAGUUGCAUCGAGCAAUGACAACUUUAUUAUUUUUGGUGGAAAUUGUGAGGAAACAUCACUUGUUGUGCGUAAGUAUUGUCAGUUCUUGUGCAAAGAAAUUUGUGAGAUAGAAAACAAAGUCUUUGAAAUUGAGGGCCUUCAUGUUACAUUCAAAUGUGCCGAGUUACCUAAUGACAUGAAAAUGUUGGCCAUGUUAGGUGGUGAACUAUCUAACAGUGCAAAAUAUUUCUCGUCCUUUGCAAAUGUGUCAAAAGACAACUGCACAGACCUGAAGGGGACAUUUGCAACUGAUAGCACAAGCUUAUGGCAUCCAUGGAAAUAUGAGGACAGAAUUAAAAUUGCAAAUGAGGUUGAGAAAUUUAAAAAAACC